ACACAACAACAUUGAACCAUGUCACUCAUUUCACAACUUCUUGGUGAUGAAACCUAUGACCCUUUCUUAUCUAUGAUAAACAAAUGUCCUAUCCUAAGUACCCCAACAGAUUGGAAAGAAACAAAAGAUUCACAUGUUUUUAUAUGUGAUCUUCCGGGACUAAAAAAAGAGGAUGUAAAAGUAGAAAUUGAUGAUGGAAAAGUGCUUCAAAUAAGUGGUGAAAGGAGUAAUAAUUUGGAUGAAAAAGAUGAGAAUAAUAAUAAUAAGUGGCAUCAUGUUGAACGUUUUCGUGGCAAAUUUCAAAGAAGGUUUAAGUUACCUAAAAAUGCUAAGGUUGAUCAAGUUAAGGCUAAUAUGGAAAAUGGUGUUUUAAUUGUUACUAUACCUAAGGAGGAAGUGAAGAAAAAUGAAACUAAGGUGAUUCAAAUUGAGGGGAAUUGA